ACAAAAUUUUGGUCAAUCACCACCACUCCCUCGGGAAUCUCUCCUUGGCUCUCGGAAGGCAUGGUCUCGACAGACAAGUUCGGGAAGAAAAGGUCAGCUGCCACGCAAGGUGGUCCGAGAGCGAAGAAGGCGCAUCUCGAGAAGCGUGCAGCGUCCGAGGUCAAAUCGACGAAGAAACGCAGCCAGCCGGUCACGAAGGCAGUAGUCGAGGAAACCGAUUCGGACCAAGAAGAUGAGAAUAUUGAAUUCGAUGUUGCGGAAGAGGAUGGGCAUGGUUCCGAUGUAGAGAUGGAUGGAGAAGAGGACGGCGAGACUGUCGCCGUGCCAGUAAAAGAUCCUAAUGCCAGCCGGGAAGCGCACAAAGCUCAGAAAAUUCUCCAAGAACAGCGAAAAGCCGGCAAGCCGCAUUCCACUUUGCUCGUCGAUGCCAAACGGGUAUGGCACCAGGCCAAUUCGAAGAGCAUGAGCCAGGCAGAUCGUCAAAAACAUAUCCAGGCGCUCAUGGACGUCAUCCGCGGAAAUGUAAAAGACAUCGUUUUCAAGCACGAUGCUAGCCGGAUCGUCCAGACUGCUGUGAAGUACGGACAACAGAAAGAGCGAGAUGAGAUCGCAACAGAACUGCAGGGCCGUUAUAAGGACCUGGCCCAGAACAAAUAUUCCAAGUUUCUGGUCACGAAGUUGAUCCGACUCUGUCCUGCGCAUCGCGCAUCAAUCCUGAAGGAGUUCCAAACCCAUGUAUUGCGCCUGCUCCUCCACAGAGAGGCAUCCUCAGUACUAGCGGACGCAUUUGAACUCCACGCGAACGCUUACGAGCGCACUUUACUCGUGCGGGACUUCUACGGGAAGGAGGUUAGCUUAUUCACUGUGACAAGUGGGAGCGAGACGGACAAAGACCAAGCGAGGAAGGGGCUUGCCGGUGUGCUCGAGAAUGCCGAUCCUGAACGCAGAAAGCGAAUUCUUACCGCGGUCAAGGAAGCACUGGUCUCAAUCUUCAACAACUCCGACAAGGGGGCCGUUACUCAUGCGGUCGUGCAUCGGGCCCUAUGGGAGUACAUUGUUGCUGUCACUAACUCACCGGACGAAGCAGAGGGCGAAAAGAACAUGCGAGAGAUCUUUGAAUUAUGUCAAGAUGUUCUGGCAGAGCUAGUGCAUACGAAGGAUGGGAGUCGUGCAGUCCGAGAGUUUCUUGCACGAGGCAGCGCAAAAGACCGAAAACAAAUUCUCAAAGUGCUGAAGCCCCAUGUCGAACGCAUGUGCACCGAUGAUGAAGCCCAGAUGGUACUUUUCACUGCGUUGGAUGUCGUCGACGACACUAAGCUCGUCGUGAAAACACUUGUCCCCGAAAUGACCACUCCUGCGAGUAAACUGUGCGAAACACCUCAAGGACGACGCGCGUUGCUCUAUCUUGUUGUACCCAGGACGCGUCGACACUUUACUCCUGCCCAGAUCGCCGCACUGGCUGAGACGGAUGCGACGAGAGUCAAAACGAGCAAGAAAGCGAGCGAAGUGCGGGAGGCCGAGAUCCGAUCAGGUGCCAGUGAAGCACUGAUUAAAUGGGUCAAGGACAAAGGCGCAUUGUUGUUGAGAGAACCUGGUGCCAGCCUGGUUUUGGCGGAGAUCAUGCUGUUUGCUGAAGGCGACAAAAGUGCCGCCAGCGAAACUCUCUUGAGAGCAGCCUCGACAAUCUACCCGUCCGAAGACGAACAACAUCCUCAUCCCAUCGACCUGCCGCAUAGUUCCCGACUGUAUAAAACUCUACUGCAAGGCGGCCACUUCAAUCGUGGAACAUCCGCCAUCGACAAAUCACCCAAUUGGGACUCGCAAGUCUUUGCUGAGAAAUUCGUCGAGACCAUUGGACAAGAUGUUUCUGUGGCGAUGUGCUGCAAAGGCGACUGCAACGGAACUUUCGUCAUCGCUGAAUUGUGUGGCGCUCUGAUUGGCACAGCAAGUUCGUCCACGCACAGUGUCAAGCAAUGGUUCAGUUCCGCGGUUCAAAAGGAGAUCGAGGCGAGGGAUGGCAAGGGGAAGAAUGUCUUGCUGCAACGCAUCGCUGCCUUAUGAACAUGUCUAUCUAUUCUCGUGCUGUACCCUAUAUACUGUAUGCAUGGGAUGCUAGCCAGUACUGCACGCUUAUCGCACUGUCGGCUUCCAAUCAUGAAUGUCAAACUAGAUUCAAGCACAAGCACAACAG